AUGGAUUCGGCACAGAAAGCAACCCUGUCCUUCCUCAGCACUAGCCUUCCCAGCUGCAAAGUACACACUCCCGACUCUCCAGACUACGAAGACCUACGAAAGACAUACGUCAACUCGAGCGCCCGCCCCUUUGCCAUCGCGCGACCUCAAAAGGCCGAGGACGUCCAGUUACUAGUUCGGGCUUGCCGCGAAAAUGGUGUCGACUUCAGUAUUCGAACCGGCGGACACAAUUGCGUGGGCCGGGCGCUGGUCGACAACGCCUUGACGAUCGACAUGCGCGAGAUUGACUACGUCAAGGUCAGCGAGGAUAAGAAAACGGCCAGGGUAGGUGGCGGUGUGCUUCUGGGUGGAUUGCUGAAGGCUCUGGGGGAACAUGGCCUGGUCACACCAUCAGGUUCAGUGGCCUCCGUCGGCUAUGUCGGAUGGAGCACACUUGGUGGUUACGGUCCUCUCUCGAGCCUUCACGGCCUUGGUGUUGAUCAGAUUGUGGGCGCCAAGAUUGUGGACAACAAAGGCGAUAUUGUCGAUGCCGAGGCAGACCUGCUCAAGGGUAUACGGGGAGCCGGUCCAAUCUUCGGCCCCAUCGUUGAACUCACGAUCAAGGUGUACCCGCUGGAUAAGCUACUGGUUGGGACACUAGUCUUUGAUUCCACGGACAUGCAAGCCAUUUGGCGAAAGCUGACACAGGGGCUUCAAAAUAUCACAUUGCCUGAUCCGCUGCAAGUUCAGAUUUUCGCCAUGGACUUCCCCGGCGCCGGUAAGGUCUUGGCUGCUAUCACGACCUGGGCCUCGGACGAUCACGACGAGGGUCGUAAAUGGAUCGACAAAGUGGCCAGUCUGGGCACGUGUAUCAUGACCACGACGGACGCAAAGACGCCUGCGACAUACGCAGAGGAUAACGAGAAGCUGGCGCCCUACGGCGUGUACGGCCGUUCUUUCACCCUCAACGUCAGGGAGUUCACGGAAGAAACCGCCAAGGUAUUGGCCGAGUACAGCCAGCAAGUCCCUAGCGGGAAUUGCAUGAUUUCCGUUCACAGCCUCCGCCUGCCCAAAGAGAACGGGGACUCUGUGUUUGGGGCACGAGAGGUCCAUCACAUGGUUGAAAUGGUGUCCAUGGGUGUCGACCCGGCGCUGGAAGCACAGGCGACCACAUGGGGCCAGGCGCUCCAGAAGGCACUGUGUGAGCGUGAUUCGGGCAACAUCCUCGAUAGCGCAUAUAUCUCGCUUCUCGACUAUGACGAUGCCGACGUCGCAAAGAUUUACAACAAGCACCUGGACACCCUGGUCGGCUUGAAGAAGAAAUAUGACCCGGAGAAUGUGUUUCACCACGCAGCACCGAGAUUGCCAGUCCAGUAG